AUGAGACCAGCACAGUUACUGCUAAAUACGGCUAAAAAAUCUUCUGGUGGUUAUAAAAUACCCGUUGAACUGACACCAUUAUUUCUUGCAGUUGGUGUGGCUUUAUGUUCCGGGACCUAUUUCACUUACAAGAAAUUGAGAACUGAUGAGACUUUGAGAUUGACAGGCAACCCUGAAUUGUCCAGUCUGGAUGAAGUCCUGGCUAGAGAUAAGGAUUGA